GUUACAUUUCUGCUCUCCUCAAUCUACUUCUCGAUCACUUUGAUUCUCAAAUCUCAGCCUCCAUUAUCCAGCCCCACAAAAGAUAUAGCGCCCUUUGCUGUUUUAGCCCCAACCCUCUGGAAUCAUCUUCUCCAUUCUAUCAGAUUUGCUGAAUCCUGUUUUAAGCAGCUUCUAAAAAAAAAGCCCUGCCUUUUCCUUUUUAUAGAUCUCCAUCCAUGUCUUCUUUUUUGUUUUGUUGUAGUUUGGUCUUGUAUUUUGUCAUUUAUUUUUUUACUUACUUUACUUACAUUGGUUUUGUGCAGGUUUUGGGCUCAUACAGAGUAAAUUGACAGAAUCAAGAAUCAGAAGGCACUGAUUGGAUGAUGUAUGCUUCUUUUCCAAUUCAGAGCAACAGUCAAUGGAUGAGCAACUUGCUCAAAGGCCGACAGAACAAAACCUGUGUACUUCUAUCACCUUGCUGCUAGAUGAAGGAAUCUUAACAAAUAAUCUAUUUCCACUCACACGGAAUCAGGAAAGUCACCUAUAAAUAUGUAUUAUAUUUUCUAAGCAACAUAUCUGAGUUAUUCUUCUUUCUCACUCCAUUCAGCUGCUGUGGGUGAACUUACUACCGUAAUACAUUUUUAUUCUUUAGACACUUUCCGCAUUUGUGUGAUUUGAGUGUUUCUUUUGCAUCAUUAGAGCUGAUUCUGACUUUACAUACACUAAACAGUGUGAUGGUGUUUAUUAAACUGUUGAAUGACAACCGGUGGAGACGACUGCACUAAUCAGUUUAAAUAACAUCCUAUUGUUACUGGUUACUAAUAUAGGUGAAAUUAUUAUCUGGGGCAUUCAGUGUUUUACCCAAGGACACCUUCACAGGUCUUUUGUUGCAACCCCAACCACAAAAAAAAACUAGCAUGAUAAAUAGUUAUUUGGAUGGUUUUGAGAGGAUUAUACUCAUCCGGUAGCAGGAGGCAGAAUUCGAGAAAGAAAAUGAAACAAAUAAAAUGUCACAGCAAAAUUGUGUGUUUAAAAAAGUGUAGGCUACAUUUCUAGGCACUUUUUUUCUCAAUAAUCUACAAUCUGAUAAUUACAAUUUCUCUUCUGCCACUGUACACUGCUCAGAAUACAUGAGGCAGCUUGACAGACGCUUCUCCUGUAAGCAUGUGGACGUAUCGGAUGAUAAGGUGGACUAAAGCCUAUAAAUACGGCUGCCAGAGUCUCCCAACUCUGCUGCACCACCUGAUGAUCUCUGUUGCCUGAACCCCACCGUCCUCCCUCCUGAGAUUAACGUGUCAUUAUUUCGGUUCAACUCUUCUUAAAUGGGAAGAAGCGCCGUCAGAAGAGUCGUUUUAUGUCUUUUCAUGUGUGAAUUAUUCGCGCCCUCGAUCUAUUAAUACGAUGUCUCCCUGUGCGUAAAAUGCCGCGGUUAGUGCGUCCUGGCGCGGACUGUUCCUUGGAAAAUGUGCGGUGUCAGUCGCGUUUACUUCACGCCCCGCUGCUGUGGAUCGGUGCUGAGCAGGAGUGGCAUCUCGGCGACAAAAUCUGGAUGAAAGAGCGUCCUUUAGAGCUCAGGCAUGCAUCGAGUAGUGAGAUCAUUGGCGUUAUAAAUAUCCCCGUGCCAGCAGAACAACUCCAGCUACUGCAGCCGGGGUAAUGCCCAGGAGCGCUGCAUGCGUGUGUGCGCACGGUUUGUGGUGGCCAAACCUCAGGAGCGACACCAACAAUGCUAGAAGUGGCCUAGCGAGUGUCUGCUUUUUGGAAGAAUGAAUGUUCCUCUUUACCUUCUGACCGUCGCUCACUUGAUUUGCGCCGCCGCCGGAGCAGAGCACGUUUCUUUGGAGCGCCAACUUCUGGAGGAGGGGAUCCGCUCUGGACGCAGGACUUGCAGGCUCUACUGUAGGGUUGGCAUCGGCUUCCAUCUCCAGAUUCAUCCCGACGGCAGAGUCAACGGCAGCCAUGAACCCAACCAGCUGAGUGUCCUGGAGCUCUUUGCAGUUUCUCAGGGGGUCAUCGGUAUCAAAGGGGUCUACAGUAACAGAUUCCUGGCCAUGAAUAAAAGAGGACGGCUCUACGCCACUGAGUGGUUCACAGAGGACUGUAAGUUCAGGGAACGUUUCCAGGAGAACAGCUACAACACUUACGCCUCAGUAAUCUACAGGAACCACAGGACUGGUCGCGAGUGGUUCGUGGCCCUCAAUAAGAGAGGGAAAGCUAAAAUGGGCUCCAGCCCGCGGGUCAAAUCCCAGCAUGUCUCCACUCACUUCUUGCCCAGGGUCAGCCUGCACGACAACAGCGAGCGAGGCUUCACCAUCACAGACAGGAGCAAAGAGAGGAGGAAAACCCCCCCGCCUCCACCGCCCAAACCUCCUCUGGCGAAGGCGGUCCAUGCAGGAACAGCAGCGAGACGUACGCAAGUCAAGUACUGGCCCAAGUACCGGUUUGGAUAGAUGUCAUAUAGGGUUUGGCUGUAUCGGAAGGAUACAAGGCUCAUAGAUGUUGGACAUACAGUAUAAGUCAUCGACGUGCCCUAAAAAAACUGACAGUGGUCAUUUACGACUUUCAAAGCAUUCCGGGUAUCUAUGAAGUGUGUGAAAAACCUCAAAGGGCUGUCAGGUACAACUGUUGAGCUUCUCUCUAAUGUUAUCGUGUGUGUACAUGGUGAAUUUGAGCAGUGCCCCUGCUUGAGAAAAUGUCCUUUUAUAAUCAGAUGCUGUUAAAGCUGAAAUUUAUAUCUUUAUGAAUAUUCUUGGGCAGACGUACUUGACCUUUUUUUUUGUAUAGUACAUCAAAGAUGGAAAAGUCGUCCACAUUGUUUUACUAUCUUGCUAGCUGAGUGAAAAUGUCGUCAACUGACCAUAUAAUGUCCUCCAUUAUUUGUUAGUUGUUAAGGGACUGUACAAAAAUAAUUAUAGUUAUGUGUGGACUAGAAAAAGGAUAUGUAUAUUUGUUCUUCUUGCUUAAGUGAGACUUGCCUGAAUGUUAUGGAAUAGCAGGAGAGGGUAUUUUGUUAUUUUUGUCUCACCCUAGAUGCAAAUUCUAUUCUAUCUAAUUUGUUUGUGAUAUUUAUUUUUGUAAUAUCAAAAUAAUAAUGAAUAAUAAGUAAUGUGCGUUUUGCAAUUUGCAGAAGACAACAACCAUGUCUUUGCAUCAGGGCUUUAUUUUCCUCAUUAUAAUCAAUAAGAAGCUAAUAUAGACACAACUUUAUUUUCUAACUUGGGACGGUCUAACGAGAUAUUACUGAUACUGCUGGGAAUGCGUUUGCAUUUUUUUAAAGUGAAACGUUUUUGUACAGUCCCUAAAGUAUUGAAAUGAUACUCCAAAGUAUAAUGGGAUGACACACACCUCAAGUUUAACAAUGUUUUAACAUCUGACAAUCCACUCCACCACGCAGAUGACAAAAACAUGAUACGUAAACAAAAUAUAGGUUAUGGAUUUUUGCUUUAAACACUGAAAAAUAAUUACACUGACACAUGGAAAGCGAUCUCCAACCUGGUUUGAAAAGUGCUUCAAACAUAUCUCCUGCCUAAACAUACACAGCGACCAACUGUCCCUUUCCUAACACCAGAUUUGUGAGAAUCAACAUGAAAUCGAGGACUGGUUCUCUGGACACUCCCCUCCUCCUCCUGGACAGCUGUGAGGGAUCAAGGAGAAAACUGUCCAUCAAAACUAUCACUUCAGUAACCGGCUGUCCCCCUGAAAAAUCCAGAGUCAUGACCUCAUGGCAUUCCCCCCAGGAGUAGCACGCACCGCCGUCACUGCAGGGAUAAAGAUGCCGAGAAAGAGCAGUCACUUGUUUUGGGGAAGGUUCAAGCAGUAGGUGUAUCAGAUGGCAAACAGCCGUGGAAUGGCCAUGUAUACGAACAUACAGACAUCUCUGGGGAGGAAGGCCCGGUUGGGCCUCCCCAAGAGCCUGAACUAUAAAUGAAAUGAUGUCUUUAAUUUAAUUGUUUGGAUUACUUGAGCUUGGGGUGCAUUUUUCAAAGAAAUUCAAAUGGCCAAUCUGUCAAACUACUUUAAUCACAUGGUACUGUCAGAACCUGUGUGUUAGGGAAAAUGUUUCAAGUUUUCUAAUAAGCCUGUAACAACAAAGAGUUCAAAAUGUAUUUACAUUGCAAUCAUGAGAAUUGUGAAUAACAAAUGUUGUUUAGGGUUAUGGAUAUGGUGGAUUUUCUUAUAUAUUUAUGCAGUUUUAUUUUUUACACUCAAACUUAUUCAACAGUGUAACCCAAAGUGAUUUACAGAUGUGGUUAAGAUUGCAAGCAACCAAGCAAUGGGUUCAUUUUCAGGCUGUAUUGUUGUGUAAAGCGACAUGCUUGAACUGAAAUCCGGUCUGGUCACUUUCAAAUGUAAUUUAUUACAAUAUUUCUGUCUUUCUCUGUCUGACUGUGCUAAUAAUCUGCUCCCGUGUGUGCCAUGUGUUGCAAGUAUAUGCAAUGCCAAUUGUGUAUCCAAUGUGCUUCAUUAGCCUGGCGAGCUAACCCUCAGAAAUGGAUGAUAUAAAGUAAAAAUAUAGCUCUGGGUCUUAGGUUGGGUUCAAGUCUCAAAUUUGGCAGUGCAGUCAUUGCCAUUUAAGGCAGUUCUUCAAGAUGCGUGUAUGGCCCAGGUGCGGGUCUUAGUUUUGAGUCUGUGCAUAACUCUAUACUUUGUGCACAGACAUCUAUCAAGGCUGCAUUAUAAUCUAAAUGUGUUAUUAAAACAUUAAAAAUAAUGUUGUUAAUCUGCAUCUUGAACCAUAUCUGCCAAAACAUAUGCAAAAUGAGACACAUGGGACACAAGUACCAGUUCAUAAGAGAAGAGGGGAAUAAAAAAGAAAAGAAAUUUACCUAUAGUACCCUACCAGAAAAAAAGUUUAAAAAAUGAAAAACAAAACCGUGUUGGUGACCUAAUAUCUAAAUAGUGUCAAAUGCUUCUAUUAUAAGGUUAAUACACAGGUUAAUACAGGGGAAAGAUAUACUGUGGCCAAGUGUUACCCCAUGCUCUAGGGCCCCACUGUUUUUUAAUGAUCUCUGUGAUGUCAUCAUGUUGUGUGGUCUUCAAUCACAUCCCAAAGAAAUAUAUUUUCUACCAGAAUUGGUUUUUUUUUAUA